AUGAGUGGUAGAGUCGGCAACACAGGAUCAAGUGAAACCGAUGCUCCAGGGGCAAAGAGCUCGAAGACGACGAAGCAACGAAAGACACGUGCAGCUUCAAAUGGCGCGGCCGUUGCAUCAAGUAGUAGCAAUUCCAUGACCACUCCCAGUAACGACCGGCGCACGACUAGAUCCAUCUCUAGACAGAACGGCGCGGAAAGUACCAACAGAACCGAUCGGAUACCAAAAGCGCAAGACAUUGUAGCCCGAGCCACAGCCGCGGAAGACCAUGAAGACCUUCGCAGGACCUUAGCGAGCAAGAGCCUCCAACGCAAAGCCGAAAGCCAGGAGACGACCGAGCAGCCCGCGAAGAAGAUAGCAAAGGCUGAUCACGAGCCUGGGAAUGAUUCCCCACCACAGCAGAGUUCACCUGAGAAGCGUUCAAAACAGCCUAAAGACCCUCACAUCUGCUGCAAAUGCAUCGACCGUCUCCGCCUCGAAUUGGCCCGAGCCAAAGACGCCUUCCACGACACCGAAGACCAAAUCGCCAACCUCAACGCCGAAGCAGAGCAAUACGAGCAUUCGAUCGCGCAGAAAGACGACUACAUCCAAAGACUCCUACAACGGCUUGAAAAUACCAAGAGACCUGUGCUUUGUACCGCCGAAGAUGACCAUAUUGAGACUCUGGACGUUGCGAACCAGAGGUUGGUGGCGAGGGACAAGGAGUGGAGGAGGAUGUUUGAGGAGAGGACGUUGUUUGGGAUGGUGCGGCCUGUUGAUGCGGGGUUGAGGGGGGAGUAUGAGGAGUUGGGUAGGAGGUUGAGAGUGGCGGAGGAGAGGGUGAGGGUUUUGGAGCGGGGGGAUGUCGGUUCGUAG